AUUCUGCUUCAUACAAAAUAGUUUCUAAAAAAAAAAAAUCUCGUGAGAUCUUAUUGGAUAAAAAAUUGUUCAAAAGAUAGAAAUAAAAUUUUCUUUCAUCGAAGAAAAUGAGUCAUGGUUUUAACCGAUAGUUAUUACUGUUUGUCUAAUUAAAUUACUUUAUCUUAUUUUAGGUGGUCAUUUUUCAAUAAUGGAUAUAACAAAUAAACCGUCUUCAUCCUCGCUGGUUGAUCCGUAUCAAGAAGCACUAAAUGCUCUAUGUGAAUUAUAUGAUCAAUUGAAUGAAGAAGACUAUUAUAUUGGACUAUGGUUAAAUCGUUGUUCAUCAUCAUCAAACAAAACUUUGUCGGAUGGUUUAUUAUACGAACAAAUUGGACAUUUUAAACAAGCCUAUGAUUGUUAUACACAAUCAAUUAAAAAUAUUGAAUCAUCUAAUCAAAUUUCACCGGAUUUAACUAGUCGUCUAUGUCAAUUAGAUGAAUAUUCAUUAUUAGAGAAACAUUGGAUACAAUGUACAAAAGAAUUAAAUCAAUGGGAUACACUAUUAACAUAUUGUAAAAAUAAUUCACCAAAUAAAACUAGUGGUGAUAAUACAAACUAUUUACUAUUAGCUGAUUGUUCAUGGAAAUUAGGUAAUUGGCAAUUGAUGAAAGAAACAUUGAAUCAUAUUGAUUCAAUAUCAAAUGGAGGAGGUACAACAACAACAAAUGGUACAACAAAUACAACACCGUCAACAACGACAAAUACAAUUACAAAUGGUACAUCAUUGUAUAAUUUACCACAAUUAAUGAUUAGAGAUUUUCAAUGGAAAAUGCUCUUGUAUCGUGGUUAUUUGACAUUGUGUUCACCUGAUGAUACAUCACAUCAUAAUACAAUGACAAUUACCGAACGAUUAGUGGAAUAUUGUACGCAAUUAGCGAUUAAAGAAUGGAAACAUUUACCAUUUAUCGUAUCCAAUGCACAUUUAACAUUAUUACAAGCAUCUCAACGUAUCAUUGAACUACAAGAAGCUGGUCAAGUUCUAUUAAAUCUUCAAUCAACUGUAAAUCUAUCAUCGGCCUCAUCGACGCAAUCAUCAUCGGUGACCGGUUCAACAGUAUCAGCAACACCAACAACGACAACUGGAACGUCAUCAAAUGCAAAUAAUGGAAUUGGUGCCGCAUCGACAACGGCCAAUAUUCGUAAUGCCAAUAUUCAUGAAUUAAAAGCUAUUGUUAAAAUAUGGAAAAGUCGUUUACCAUUGUUAAAUGAUAAUUUAAGCUAUUGGAAUGAUGUUUUAUCAUGGCGUGAAUUUCAUUAUAGUACAAUUAGUUUACAAUUUGAAAAAGAGACAACAAGUAAUCAUGCGAUGAUUGGUGUACAUGCCAUUGCUCAAUCCAUCAUCCAAUUAGCGAGAAUAGCUCGAAAACAAAAUAUGCCAAAUGUUUGUUUAGAUAUAUUAUCAAGAAUUGGAACAACCAUUCCUAAUGUACCUGUUGUUGAUACAUUUCAAAAAAUGAAACAAUUGAUUAAAUGUUAUUUAAAAUUAUUUCCAACAAUGAGUACAACUGAUGUUCAAGAAUGUUCUGAUUUAAUUGAUUCAACAAAUUUAAAAUAUUUUAAUAAAGAUAUGAUUAGUGAAUAUUUAUGUUUGAAAGGUCAAACAUAUGAAACAUGUUUACGUACAGAUGAUGCUAAUAAAAUGUAUAGUUCAUCAACACAAAUGUGUGAUACACUUGCACGUUCAUGGAUACAAUGGGGUGAUUUUCUUAUGAAACAACAGCCAACUAAUAUAUCAUUAAUUGAAAAUUCUAUUCUAUGUUAUUUACAUGCAUGUAAAGAUCAAAUUGAAUCAAAAGCACGUAAACAUAUUGCAAAAAUAUUAUGGUUACUAACGUAUGAUGAUAAUAAAUCUACAUUAUCAACAUGUAUUCAACGAUAUUCAACAGGAAUACCAGCUCCUCAUUGGCUUAUUUGGAUACCACAAUUAUUAGAACAAGUAAAACGAAAUGAAAAUACAUGUGCAUGCGAUUUGCUAACAGAAUUAAUUCGAGUAUAUCCACAAGCGGUCUAUAUCAAACUGAGAGCAUAUUUGAUAGAACAGCAAGCCAAAUAUGAUCACACAACACAAACUACAGUACAAGGUAAAGGAAAAAACGUUUGAGUUAUGUUUUGAAGCACGACACGACUCGUUUGCGAAUCGACUUUUCAGCGAAACGACUCUUCCACGAAUUGACAUGUGAUGGUAGUGAGCAGCAUGAGAGUGAGUCUAAAAAGAAUUUCAUUCGUUGAAUAACUUUGUGAAAGAGUCGGUGUACCAAGACGAG